AUGUCCAGGUCUAACCUGCCUCAUCUUGCCCGAAUCUUCAUCUCGUACACCUCGCUGACAUUUUACAGCCCCAUGCCAUAUUUUGGGCAUCAAACGCCGGCCGUUGCCAGGCGGAAGUGGCUGGAAUGGGCCCUGUCCAACAUUCACCCAAGUUUCGAAAUCUCCACGGAGCCCCGCCACGACAUCUACACGCAGCUACACAAUGUGUAUUCAGCAGAUACCGACCCUUUCCCACGUCUCACCGACACUGCCGCUUGGGAACGUCUGAAAGAGAAGUGGUGCCGACAACCCUACCCUGCAAAUAGUGAGGUGCCAUCCGCGGUCGACUGCGAGAUUGUUCGCCUGGUCAACAAGGGCAAGUCCCACGACUUCCUUGAGCAAGGCCUGAGGGAAAACGGUUGGAGCUUUCUCCGUUGCUGUGAUAACUCGCUCCCCGCGGCUGAGAAAGGACUGUUAAGUGCUGCUGCUCGAGUGGCGAGGAGCGAAUGUCAGAUCAAGGAGCGGAAAGAUGAGCCCGAGAAGGGCAACAGACAAUCGGAAUCUACCAACUCAGUCGCUGCACAGGCUGCCACUAUUGUUAUACCGGAUGGCGACGAGAAAUCCGACAUCAGCGCCAGCUGCCCUGAGAAAAGCGUGCACCGCACUGGAGUCCUCUCUACAGGCUUUGCGAAGAACCUGCGCCCGAUUCUUCGAGAUAUGUUCCGCGACGGGAUGAUGGCAAUGUCUACAUCCGUUAUGGAUCAGAUGAGAAACCGAACUAUCCUCUUGCUUGGACAACAGGAAAACGCUCAUUUUGGCUUUGCGACCCUUCGAGAUGUUGAAGCACAAACGAUCAAGAUGCUGGAGGCCGAAGUCUCUGAACUGAGCAAGGGAUUCAUUGAGAAACUCGUUGGGCUUGGCAAGGACGACGUCGAUGUGAAGGUGAAGCGUAGUGCUGAUGAACUUGAGGAGAGCGAGAUUGCCGACGAUGACCGGCAGGCGAAGCGGCAAAGGCUUGCCGACUAA